AUGCAGGGUCUUGCGGAUGGUCCCGUCAAGACUCACCUGUUCCGACUUGAACUAGAUUCACUAGAACAAGCCAUUUCCAUUGCGGAACAGGAAGACUUCAGUCUGAGACAGGCUCGCGCCAGCUCGACGUCAUAUCGUCCACCGAGACGAUAUGACAGCGGAGGUCCAGAGCCGAUGGAACUCUGUUACGUAGAGAGCGAGAAGGCUCGCUCUACAGACUACAAGAAGUUGCAGAAAUGCAACGGAUGUCAAAAGACAGGACACUACGCUUACGAGUGUAGUGCCCCUCGACCAGUGUCUCGAAACACUGGGCGUAAUGACCGUCCACCCAUGAGAAAGGGGCAGGGACGCGGGUCUGCUGUUGGUGCAAAGACGCAACAACGGGAUGGACCGUAA